AAGAGUGGCGUGUCCUUUGAACGGGCUCCAGCAGCAACAGGUGCUGGGAAAGGCGAAGCGGGCCGGCUCCCGCUGGUGUAAAGGAUACCCCUCUCUCUCCGCACUAAUCCGGCUCCGUUACACCCAGUAUAGAAGGGGCUGCUCCAUCCAGGCGCUGCCACACCGCUGAUGCUGCUCUCCUGACUGCCCUCUGCCCCGGGGACCCCAGGAGCCUCUCCAACCCGGGGUGGCCGCCCAUGCCCAUGGAGCAGCACAACGUGCCGGGCAGCACUGCCGACACGGGGGGGUCUGGGAGCGUGGCCCCCCCUGGAACAGAAACCAGUGCAGCACAGCCUGCCCCCGCUGCUGCCACCAAUGCUGUCCAGGCUCAGAAUGGAGGGAAGGAAGAGCCCAUGGAGAUGGCUGUGGGUGCUGCAGGAGAGCCCCAUGGAGGGACAGCGGGGCCCGCACAGGAGAAAGCGCCAACUGCUGCAGGGAAGGAAGAGCCUGGGAAGGAGACGUCUCCGGGUGCUGCUGCUGAAGCUCAUGGUGCAGUGAGGGAGGCCGAGCCCAAAGGAGGGAAGGCAGAGCCUGAGCAGGAGAAAGUCCUAAAUGCUGCACAGCAUGGGAAUGGUGGGGAAAAGGAAGUUGCCAAGAAGGGGGCUUUGGCUGCGGACACCGACAGAGGGAAGGAAGAGCCUGCAAAGGAGAAAACCCCAACAGGAGAAUCCCAAGGAGAGACAGCAGAGCCUGCACAGGGGAAGGGCUCAGCUGUAUCAGGAGCUCAGGAAGAAUCUUCAAAGGAGAAUGCCCCAGGUGGUCCAGGAGCUGAGGCUGGAGGAGAAGCAAAGCCCGCAAAGAAGGCUUCAGCUGCAGCAGAGGCUGAAGGAGGGAAGGCAGAGCCUGCAGGGACAGCCUCAGCUGCAGCACCAGCCCAUGGUGAGGGAGAGCCUGCGAAGGAGCAGCCAGCUGCUGUGAAGGCCGAGAAUGGAGGGAAAAAUGCUGCAAAGGCAAAGAAAAGCCCGGCUGCAAAACAGCCUCCAAAGGAGAAGACCCCUGCUGCUGCAAAGGAUGGAGGGAAGAAACCCACAAAGGCAGAAAAAAAUGCAGUGGUCACAAAGGCUCAGGAUGGAGGCAAAGAGACUACGAAGGAGAAAGCCACAGCACCUGCAAAGGAGAAGGCUACAGAUGCUGUGCAGAAGCCCCCAGCUGCAGCAGAGGCUGAGGAUGGAGGGCAGGAGCCCACAGAGAAAGCCCCGGCUGCUACAGGGGCUCAGGGUGAAGUGGAGAAAGAAGCCAACACAGAGCAGACAAACAAGGAGCAGUCGCUGAGGGGGCCUGAGCCCACACACCCAGCUCUGAUGCAGAGCCUGAGCUGCCCGGCCACCUGCCAGAGAGAGGAGCAGCUCGGGCUGGAGGUGGCUGCGAUGGAGACGAUCCCAGAGGAAACCCCUAUGGCACCAGCAGGAGAGGGUCCGGCAGAGCCCAGCCCAGCCCAGGGGGAUCUGAAGCCCUCAGAGCAGCCCGUCCCUGAGGGCAGCACCGCCGUCCCACAGGAGAGGACAUUGCCUGGUGCCGAGGAGCAGCCCCAGCUUGGGUCAGAACCCCCUGGACACGCAGAGCAGCCGGGCCCUGGGGCCACGGAGCAUCCAGCUGCGACGGUGUCAGAGCCGCCACCCAGCCCCUACCUCACCCCCGAUUUUGGGAAGGAAGACCCUUUUGAGAUUCUGGGUAAGGCUGCGCCACGGCAGAUCUGUGCCAUGCCCUCAGCCCUGCGGUGGUGACACCCCAGCACCCUCUGUGGUGCAGCAGCCCAGGGGAGUAUUCACAUCUCUGCUGCCGCCCUCCUGGGGUGCCAGCUCAUGCUGCUGGCUCCUGGCCCACCCGGCAGUCUUCAAGCUCCAGUUUCACUGUAAACAGGGCUAAAUGCGGCGCGUCCCCUCCCCAGGCUUCUCCC